AUGGCGCUACGCCAACAUUCCGCUGCCGCGGCAUCAUUGGGUGCCCCAUUUGCCAGCCUGGCCAACAUCACGUCAGCCCUGCUGCCAAAGUUGCCUUCUAGCUUGCAAACGUAUCUCGAUUCAUCCAUUGACACAGUCGCGACCGCCAUCGCCAACUCAACCGCCUACAUCUACUCCACCACAGGCGUCCCGCCGACUGCCCUUUAUAGCACCGUUGCCGGUGCUGUUCUUGUAGGAGCGGCCGCACGUACCAUCGCCUCCUUCAAGAUCUCGGCGUCGAAACCAACCUCCGCAACCAAGGGCCCCAAGCUCUCUCGCAACAAAAAGCGGAAAGCCGCCAAAAAGGCAAAAGCAGGAGGGACAGCAGAAAAAGACGGCAUGCGGCGUUACGGCUGGUCGACUGGCCAGCAGCUGUCUCCGUUCACUUCGACGCUGAGCAACGAGGGUGUGCCAGAUGUGACCGACGACGACUACGAGUACAUAACAUCGGACGACCUCCAUAACCGCAACCUCGGCGCCCAGUCGUCGCCUUUUGAAUAUGGUGUCACGGGUAGCCGCACGGGCGGAUCCUACUUCCGCCCGCCUAAUGACGACAACCUCAACGAUAUUCCCCAGGAGGACAUACUGCUACUCCGCCAUGGCAACGAAGUCAAGGAAGAGUUUUUCCCCGCCUUCUCCAUUGGUGAUGGCAAGCUCUUUACCGAAGAUGUCCGGGAUCGUUUGCAGCUACUUUACGACUUGUCCGACGCGCAAACGAAGCACAUCAAACUGUACUACAAGGGAAAGAUUUUGAAGAAUGACGAGCAACCGGUCUGCGUGGACGGCGUCAAAAACAACAGCGAGCUCCUGGUUGUACUCCCAGGUGAGGAACUCGAGGCGAAAACCAAGUCACCAACGAAAAAGGGUAAGCCGGCGAGACCGGAUCGCAGUCCGAAACAGCAGGCCGGACCAUCCUCGUCCACUGGCAACCUGGAGGUGCCGCGACGUGGACGACCUGAUCAAAAAUCCGGCCCAUCAAGCCGCGCACACUCCGCAGCGUCGGGGGCCUCUGGCGUAUCGGGUGAUUCCCGCACCUCCAACAUCUCCAAUAUUGUGCCACCCAAGACCACGCAGGGUUCAGCCAUGGAUCAGUUAAACAGUAUCGACGCUCACUUCGAGUCGCACCUGCUACCUCUGUGUAUGGAAUUCGUUCAGAAUCCGCCAUCCGAUCCUAAGAAGAGAGCUGACGAGCACGCGAAAAUUUCUGAGACCGUUUUCCAGCAUGUUCUCUUGAAGUUGGACGCUGUGAGCACUGGCGGCGAGGAUGCGACACGCGCGAAGCGCAAAGCGCUUGUUAACAAAGUGCAGGACGUCUUAAAAGAUGUGGACUCCAAGAUCAAGCCUUCCUCAUGA